AUGGCGGUCAUGGCGUCCCAAACCCUCCUCCUGCUGCUCUCCACGGCUUUGCUGCUGACCAAGACCUGGGCAGGUGAGUGCAGGGUCAGGAGGGAAACGGCCUCAGCAGGGAGGACCAAGGGGCCCGCCCCGCAAGGCUCAGGACCCAGAGAAACCGCAUCAAUACUUGGCCCCUCCUCGCCCCCAGGUUCCCACUCCUUGACUUAUUUCUACACCGCCAUGUCCCGGCCCUGCUGCGGGGAGCCCCGCUUCAUUGACGUGGGCUACGUGGACAACACGCAGUUCGUGCGGUUCGACAGCGACGUCGUGAGUCCGAGGAUGGAGCCGUGGGUGGAGCAGGAGGGGCCAGAGUACUGGGAGGAGGAAACACUGAGAGCCAGGGCCCAGGCACUGACUCACCGAGUGAACCUGCGGACCCUGCUUUACUACUACAACCAGAGCGAGGCUGGGUUUCACCAUGUUGCCAGGCUAGUCUGGAAUUCCUGAGCUCAAGCAAAUCUGCCUGCCCCCCAAAGUGCUGGGAUUACAAACGAGCCACCAAGCUCGGCCAAGUCCAUUUUUUGUUCUACCCCAGGCAGCAACAGUGCCCAGGGCUCUGGUGUGUCAC